GGCUUGCGGUGGCCCCUGCCCCUCCUCGCGCCGUGGCGCACGGCUGCCUGCGCGCCGCGGCGGUUGCCAGGGUGACGGGCGGUACCAUGGCCUGGCUGGAGGUGGUCGCGGCGGGCGGCAGGCGCCGCUACCGGGUCGGGCUGUGCUCGCUGGCGGGGCUGGCGCUGCUGGUGCUGGGCGCGCUCACCUACCUGCCGCCGCUGCUGGUGGCCUACCGGAGCCACGGCUUCUGGCUGAAGUGGAGCAGCUACGCGGAGCAGCCAAGCGUCCGCUUCCGGCACGAGGUGCUGCUGGUGGGGCUGACGGAGGGCGGCGGCUUCGUGGGCUGGAGCUCCUUCCCCGCCUGCAACCGUCUCCUGGGCGCCCGCCUCCGCGUCCCGCUCGUCUCGGCUAGAGAGGAAGACCCAAACCAAGAUGGAACAAUGGACCUGCUGAACUUUCGGCUGGAACUUCCACUACAGGCUACAGAACAAAUAGUUGGGAUCCAGCUCCUCCUGACAUUUACCUAUCAGUUGCAUAGAAUGUCCACUUUUGUGAUGCAGAGCAUGGCCUUUUUGCAGGCCUCUUCCCCUCUGCCAGGGUCACAAGUUUUUGUGAGUGGAGACCUGAAGCUUCGUCAGAGGCAACUGCUUAACCAUGCUGGGCUGGACAGCAGAUAUAAUGUAUCUGUGAUCAAUGGCACAAGUCCUUUUGCCCAAGACUAUGAUCUCAUGAACAUUGUUGCAGCCUAUCAGGAGAGAAAUGUCACAACGGUUUUGUUUGGUCCCAGCCCUAUCUGGUCAGUUGGAAGAGCACCGGAAAUGCCGUUUGUGGUCCAGGCUAUCAUUCAUUACCCAGUGGAAAUGAUCAUGUACCAGCCAGGCUUCUGGGAGAUGAUUAAGUUUGCCUGGAUUCAGUAUGUUGCCAUUCUGCUGAUCUUUCUUUGGAUUUUUGAAAGAAUAAAAAUCUUUCUUGUCCAGAAUCAAGUGCUAACCACAGUACCAGUGCCACCGGAUCCCGCUGUGUUGUCAUAUAAAGAGCACCAGUCCUGAACACGUUCCUAAAAAGACCUAAAACAACAGGAUGAAUAAAUCUACCUCGCUUUCACUUUCUUCUUUUCCUUAACUGCUUUGCAUCUGGAAGCUGGGCAGAAACUAGUGGUUUGGGGUUUGUGUGCUAUGGGUUAUUGCAAGAGUUAAACAGACUCCGUAUUUCAGUUCUCUAUGCCAGGGAUUUCAGUUUGUGAUACCCGAGCAGCACGUGGGGAGCUAAUUUGCAGACAUGCUCUUGACUACCAGGUAUAUUUCACUUGAUCUGCACAUACUGGCUGUAGCAGCUUCAGUUAGUAAAAGAAAGAAUUUACUUAUAAAAGCAUUAAUGAGA